GUGAGAAAGUGAUAGAGAAUGAUAAAGAUAAAAAAAUUGUAGUAAUUGAGUGAGAGAAAAUUUCUAAGUGUUGCAGGUUUUAUGGCAGAGCUAUGGCAGAGUGUUUUUUUAACUCUAGCUGUGAAAUAAUUCUUCUCUUUCUCACUCUUUCUCUCUCUUUCUUACAGUUGUACGUAUGAUAUACCUCUCUCUUUCCUUGCUCAGUUUACAGUGUAUAUUAUAGCCAUGCUCUAUAGACUGCCAGAGCGAUGUGAUUGAGCGACCAGAGCUUUUUUUUUAUCCUCUUUUAUUUCCGUUCUCUCUCUUCAAGUUCAACUCUUUUCUUCUUCUUUCUUCUUAAACUAGGAAAGAAGUUAAACGAAGGGGCUCUCUUUGUUGUUCUAUGUCGGUGAGUGGAGGCUAAAUGAAGGGCAAAAGCUGUUCUGUUGAAGAGUUUUGAUGAGUUGAAAAUGUUGUGUCGUUUUAAGGUGGUUGUUGGUACUUGAGAUGAGUGGUUUUGUGUAAGUAUAUGGAGUUUGUUUCAAGGGCAGUCAUGACAUUUCGUGUCCAGUUCAUGCUAGUGGCAUUUCUCUUUGCUUUGGGGUUUGUUUUUGUGGAUGCAGAUGAUGGAGCAACAUUAUUGGAGAUAAAGAAGUCGUUUAGAGACGUAGAUAAUGUUCUGUAUGAUUGGACUGAUUCAUCAUCUUCAGAUUAUUGUGUUUGGAGAGGCGUCACUUGUGACAAUGUCACCUUCAACGUGAUUGCACUGAAUCUGUCAGGUUUAAAUCUUGAUGGGGAAAUUUCACCUUCAAUUGGAGAUCUUAAAGACCUGGUUUCAAUUGAUUUCAGGGGUAAUCGUCUCUCUGGGCAAAUUCCAGACGAGAUUGGUGACUGUUCUUCUCUGAAAAGCUUAGAUUUGUCAUUCAAUGAGUUAUAUGGGGACAUACCAUUCUCAAUUUCAAAGUUAAAACUGUUGGAGUUUCUAGUUUUGAAAAACAAUCAGUUGAUUGGACCAAUUCCUUCCACUUUGUCUCAGAUUCCAAACUUGAAAAUUUUAGACCUUGCCCAGAAUAAACUCAAUGGGGAAAUACCAAGGCUUAUAUACUGGAAUGAAGUUUUGCAGUAUCUCGGUUUGAGAGGGAAUAAUUUGGUUGGCUCGCUCUCUCCAGAUAUGUGCCAGCUUACCGGUUUAUGGUAUUUUGAUGUCCGAAACAACAGUUUGACUGGCAGCAUUCCUCAGAACAUUGGCAAUUGCACAGCCUUCCAGGUCUUGGACUUGUCAUACAACCAGCUAACUGGAGAGAUUCCAUUUAAUAUUGGGUUCCUGCAAAUAGCCACAUUAUCCUUGCAAGGUAAUCAGCUUACAGGGAAGAUUCCAUCAGUGAUUGGUCUAAUGCAGGCACUUGCUGUUUUGGAUUUAAGCUGCAACAAAUUAAGUGGACCAAUUCCUCCCAUUUUGGGGAAUUUAACUUACACAGAGAAACUGUAUUUACAUAGUAACAAGCUGACUGGACCCAUCCCUCCAGAGCUUGGAAAUAUGACAAAGCUUCACUACUUGGAAUUAAAUGAUAAUCAUCUCACAGGGCAUAUUCCACCAGAGCUUGGGAAGCUUACUGAGUUAUUUGAUUUAAAUGUCGCAAACAACCACCUGGAAGGGCCUAUACCUGAUAAUCUUAGUUCAUGUACAAAUCUCAACAGCCUCAAUGGGCACGGAAAUAAGUUGAAUGGGACCAUCCCACCUGCAUUCCAAAGGCUAGAGAGUAUGACAUACUUGAACCUUUCAUCCAACAAUAUCAGGGGUCCUAUUCCAAUUGAGCUAUCACGCAUUGGUAAUCUAGAUAAUCUGGACCUUUCCAACAACAAAAUUAGUGGUUCAAUUCCUUCUCCGCUUGGGGAUUUGGAACAUCUUCUAAAGCUGAACUUGAGCAGAAAUCAGUUAACAGGUUUUAUUCCAGCAGAGUUUGGUAAUCUAAGAAGUGUUAUAGAAAUAGAUCUUUCUCAUAAUCAUCUCUCGGGUGUGAUUCCUCAAGAGCUUAGUCAGCUCCAGAACAUCUUCUCCUUGAGGCUGGAAAACAAUAAUUUAUCAGGCGAUGUGAUGCCGCUCAUCAACUGCCUUAGUCUUGCUGUCCUAAAUGUAUCUUAUAACGACCUAACUGGUGAUAUUCCCAUGAGCAAUAACUUCUCAAGAUUUUCGCCUGACAGUUUCAUUGGAAAUCGUGCUCUUUGUGGCUAUUGGCUGAAUUCUCCAUGUCACGAUUCUCAUCCAUCAGAGCGAGUUACGAUUUCGAAAGCAGCUAUUCUUGGGAUUGCACUUGGUGCACUGGUUAUUCUUCUCAUGAUCUUGGUGGCAGCAUGUAGACCAUAUAAUCCUACACCUUUUCCUGAUGCAUCUCUUGACAAACCAGCAGUUAAUUACUCAACACCAAAGUUAGUGAUACUUAACAUGAAUAUGGCACUUCAUGUGUACGAGGACAUCAUGAGGAUGACUGAGAAUUUGAGUGAGAAGUAUAUAAUUGGCUAUGGUGCAUCAAGCGCAGUGUACAAAUGCGUUCUUAAAAACUGCAAGCCAGUGGCUAUAAAGCGACUCUAUUCUCAAUAUCCACAGUGCUUAAAGGAAUUUGAGACUGAGCUCGAGACAGUUGGGAGCAUCAAGCAUCGGAAUCUGGUCAGCCUGCAAGGAUACUCCUUGUCCUCCUCUGGGAACCUUCUCUUCUAUGAUUACAUGGAAAAUGGAAGUCUCUGGGAUCUUCUUCAUGGUCCUGCAAAGAAGAACAAGCUUGACUGGGACACUCGACUGCAAAUAGCACUGGGAGCUGCGCAAGGUCUGGCAUAUUUACAUCAUGAUUGUAGUCCUCGAAUCAUCCACCGGGAUGUGAAAUCAUCUAAUAUUCUGCUGGACAAGGAUUUUGAGGCCCAUCUAACUGAUUUUGGCAUUGCCAAAACCUUAUGCGUGACCAAGUCCCAUACCUCUACUUACCUUAUGGGUACCAUUGGCUAUAUAGACCCUGAGUAUGCUCGAACUUCCCGUCUGACUGAGAAGUCUGAUGUGUAUAGCUUUGGGGUUGUUUUGCUCGAGUUACUAACUAGAAGGAAAGCUGUAGAUAAUGAAUCCAAUCUUCAUCACCUGAUUUUAUCCAAGGCAGCCAACAAUGCUGUGAUGGAAACUGUUGAUCCUGAGAUCACUGCGACAUGCAAGGAUCUGGGAGCAGUGAAGAAGGUUUUUCAGCUAGCCCUUUUAUGCACAAAAAAGCAACCAUCUGACCGGCCAACCAUGCAUGAAGUGACACGCGUCCUUGGGAGCCUUAUGCCAGCCACCACACUGCCAAAGCAACCAACUUCAACCCCAGCUGCCAUGCUCGCCUCAACCAAAAUGCCUUGCUACAAGGAUGAGUAUGCAAAUCUCAAGACACCACACAUGCUCAAUUGCCCAUCAAUGAGCACCUCAGAUGCUCAACUCUUCCUAAAGUUUGGUGAGGUAAUAUCUCAGAACAGUGAGUAAAGGUAAAGGUAAAGGUAAAGGUAAAUUAUGCCAAAGAAUGGAUGAUGAAUGAAUUAUCGUAUUGUGAAAGUUGAUAUGAGUUAAUGUGAAUUGUUCAUAGAAAAGAUCUGGUACCAAUUAAUGCUAGGUAAUGAAAAGUCCAAAAAAAAAAAAAGUACAGAUAAAUUUGCAAGGUGAACAGUAGUACCAAAAAUGGAUUGAUGUAAGGUAAUGUAAGUUGUAGAAUGGAAAAAUUAUAGCACUUUGUUUUAGGGGUGAUGGGACCACUGCCUCUGGCUCAAUGGUCUGGCUUGGUGGGGCUAAACCUUACACAUUCAGAACUCAGACUCUGAGGAGUUGGGGUCGGUUGCAGCAGCUCUGCAAUGUGGGUGCAUUAUGUGUCUGAGUGACUCAGAGAGCAUCAAUAAUGCACUGAGGACUGAGAAAGCCCUAGUCAGCUGGGCCUUUUGUCAGUCGUUUUAUCUCCUUGAAUAAUUAUAGUUCCCAUAGUAGAUUUUCCUUGCUUUGCCUUUGUC